GAAUUAGUAAGCUGUGUGGGCUGGAAUACUGCUGAAGAACUGUAUUCAUGUAGUGAUGAUCACCAGAUAGUGAAGUGGAACUUGUUAACUAGUGAAACAAGUCAAAUAGUAAAGCUGCCUGAUGAUAUUUACCCAAUAGAUCUUCACUGGUUUCCGAAAAGUUUAGGCAUAAAGAAACAAACUCAAGCAGAAAGCUUUGUUCUCACAAGUUCUGAUGGCAAAUUUCAUCUGAUUUCUAAGUUAGGAAGAGUGGAAAAAAGUGUGGAAGCUCACUGUGGAGCAGUACUUGCUGGACGAUGGAAUUAUGAAGGAACAGCAUUAGUUACAGUUGGAGAAGAUGGACAAAUAAAAAUCUGGUCAAAGACUGGAAUGCUAAGAUCAACUUUAGCUCAGCAAGGAACACCAGUGUAUUCAGUAGCAUGGGGCCCUGAUUCGGAAAAGGUUCUUUACACAGCAGGCAAACAGCUGAUCAUUAAACCUCUUCAACCAAAUGCUAAAGUUUUACAGUGGAAAGCUCAUGAUGGCAUUAUUUUAAAAGUAGACUGGAACUCAGUCAAUGAUUUAAUUUUAUCUGCUGGCGAAGACUGUAAAUAUAAGGUAUGGGAUAGCUACGGCCGCCCUCUGUACAGUUCACAACCUCAUGAGCAUCCUAUUACCUCAGUUGCCUGGGCUCCAGAUGGAGAAUUAUUUGCUGUUGGAUCAUUUCAUACUUUACGCUUGUGUGAUAAAACUGGGUGGUCAUAUGCUUUAGAAAAGCCCAACACUGGCAGCAUAUUUAAUAUCACAUGGUCAAUUGAUGGCACCCAGAUCGCUGGAGCCUGUGGAAAUGGACAUGUUGUUUUUGCACAUGUGGUGGAGCAACGUUGGGAGUGGAAAGAUUUUCAAGUAACAUUAACUAAAAGAAGGACCAUGCAGGUUCGUAACGUUCUUAAUGAUGCAGUGGAUUUACUGGAAUUCCGUGAUAGAGUCAUUAAAGCCUCUUUGAACUAUGCACACUUAGUUGUUUCAACGUCUCUUCAGUGUUAUGUGUUCUCUACGAAGAACUGGAAUACACCACUUAUAUUUGAUCUCAAAGAAGGAACUGUUAGUUUAAUUUUGCAGGCAGAAAGACAUUUUCUUCUUGUAGAUGGUGGUGGUAUCUAUUUAUAUUCUUAUGACGGGCGCUUCCUUUCCUCUCCAAAAUUUCCUGGAAUGAGAACAGAUAUUCUAAAUGCACAGACGGUCUCUCUGAGUAAUGAUACCAUAGCAAUAAAAGACAAAGCUGAUGAAAAAAUAAUCUUCCUCUUUGAGGCAUCAACUGGAAAACCACUGGGAGAUGGGAAGCUUCUUUCUCAUAAGAAUGAAAUUUUGGAAAUUGCUCUAGAUCAAAAGGGACUUACCAAUGAUAGAAAAAUUGCUUUCAUUGAUAAAAAUAGAGAUCUCUGUAUCACUUCAGUGAAACGAUUUGGGAAGGAAGAACAAAUUAUCAAACUUGGAACAAUGGUGCAUACUCUGGCGUGGAGUGAUACAUGCAACAUCCUCUGUGGACUUCAAGAUACUCGAUUUACAGUGUGGUAUUACCCCAAUACGGUUUAUGUGGACAGAGACAUUUUGCCUAAAACAUUAUAUGAAAGGGAUGCAAGUGAAUUUAGUAAAAAUCCCCAUAUCGUGAGUUUUGUUGGAAAUCAGGUAACUAUAAGAAGAGCUGAUGGCUCACUGAUUCACAUCAGCAUAUCACCAUAUCCUGCUAUUCUCCACGAAUACGUAAGCAGUUCAAAAUGGGAAGAUGCUGUAAGACUUUGUCGUUUUGUUAAGGAGCAAACCAUGUGGGCUUGCCUAGCUGCUAUGGCAGUCGCUAAUCGAGAUAUGACUACUGCAGAAAUAGCCUACGCAGCAAUUGGUGAAAUUGAUAAGGUUCAAUACAUCAAUUCUAUAAAAAAUCUUCCAUCUAAAGAAUCAAAAAUGGCCCACAUAUUAAUGUUUAGUGGGAACAUACAGGAAGCUGAAAUGGUACUUCUUCAGGCUGGCCUUGUUUAUCAAGCGAUUCAGAUCAAUAUUAAUCUCUACAACUGGGAAAGGGCACUUGAAUUAGCUGUUAAAUACAAAACACAUGUUGAUACAGUGCUGGCCUACCGACAAAAGUUUUUGGAGACAUUUGGUAAACAGGAAACUAAUAAACGAUACCUGCAGUAUGCAGAAGGUCUUGAAAUAGAUUGGGAAAAAAUCAAAGCCAAAAUUGAGAUGGAAAUUACUAAAGAACGAGAGCGAUCCUCAAGCAGCCAGCCCAGCAAGAAUAUUGGUCUUAUGCACUAAAUGCCAUGCUUACCUUUAAGAAGUUUUACCUUUUGAAACUGAUUCUGAUUAACCAAGGAUAAGCUUGUUCUCCUUGCUUAAAAAAAGGCAGAAUCUCUUAAGUAUAAGCACUCGCUGUGUAUUUAAUACCAAAAGAAUAUUCAGAAAGACUAAGCACAAAAUAAUUGAUGUAAUUUCAUCUUUUAUAUUUUUAGUCCAAUAAUUAGCAAAACAUCCUAUAUAUUUAUGAUGCAUCUAUGUAGUAUUGCUUACAUUCCAGUUUUCUGUCCAUUAUUUUAUCCCUGAAUCUUCAGUAUGAACAAUGUUAAUGCUGAUAAUAAAACA